UACAACUUGUUGUCUCAACAACAUGGCAACCUCUCCUCCAUUUUCUUCCAUCCUCCAUGUUCGUUCCAAUUCCUUGCAUGUCUUUUUUGUCAUUCCCCCUUUACUUUCUUCCUUUUCCUCUGCAUCACCCUGAUUUCUGAAUCUCACCCUUCAUUGAUUCCUGUAGAAAUAUUCUAUCAUUCAUCUCUUUCUCGCUUGUUUUCCCCUGAAUAUCUUCUGGGUAUCCGUUGGAAUUUUGUGGGGUGUUCUUGUUUUCUUCAUUGGAAAUUGUUGUUCUUGUCGGAGCAUUAUUAUGGGUGGCUGUUGCAGUUGCAGCCACGAUGUUUCAGUUCGGGGCAAGGUGGAAAGCGAGGUGGAUGAUGGGGAAUAUGAGUAUGAAUCUCAUGAGAAUGUUGAUGAUGUUACGUAUCAACGUGAUGGAGCAACGAUCAGGCUUAGGGGAUCCUCUAAGUUUGCAUCAAUGUACUGCCAACAGGGUAAGAAAGGUGUGAACCAAGAUGCAAUGACUGUUUGGGAGGACUAUACCGGAGAACAAGAUAUGAUCUUUUGUGGCGUGUUCGACGGUCAUGGUCCUCUCGGGCACAAGGUUUCGCAAUUCAUCCGUGACAAUCUACCCUCAAAACUGUCUGAAGCAAUCAAAAUGUCACAACAGAAGACCUGCAAAUACUAUGAUGCUCAUGAUACAGACACUGCCAGUUUCGAUGACGUCUACGACGAUGAUAAUAACAUCAACAUGUCCCUUGCUUCAUGGGAGGGAUGCUUUCUGAAAUCCUUUGAUGAGAUGGAUGAUCACCUUGCUCAGGAAAUCAACACUGACAGCUAUUGCAGUGGUUGCACAGCUGUAACUGUAAUUAAACAGGGUGAUCAGCUGAUAGUUAGCAAUUUGGGUGAUUCUCGCGCAGUUCUUUGCACAAGGGAAAGAGACCAACUUGUUCCUGUUCAACUUACUGUUGACUUGAAACCAGAUCUUCCAGGUGAAGCCUCAAGAAUCAUGAGCUGUGAAGGCAGAGUUUUCGCAGCAGAUGAAGAACCGGAUGUUUACAGAAUUUGGAUGCCGGAUGAUGACUGCCCUGGACUAGCUAUGUCAAGAGCCUUUGGAGAUUUCUGCCUUAAAGAUUAUGGCCUCAUUGCAGUUCCUGAAAUAUUCUAUAGAAAAAUCACCAAGCAAGAUGAGUUUGUGGUUUUGGCAACUGAUGGGGUAUGGGAUGUGCUUACUAAUAGUGAAGUAAUAAACAUAGUUGCUUCAGCACCAAGGAGGUCCAUCGCGGCCAAAUUGUUAGUAAAACGCGCUGUUAGAGCCUGGAGGUACAAGUAUCCUGGCUCCAAGGUUGAUGACUGUGCAGCCGUAUGCUUGUUUCUUGAUGAUCAGCCUUUGUUAUCCCAUUCCCAGUCCAGUAUGUGUCGAAAAAGUCGGCAUCGUAGCAAGCACCUGCAUAGAAAUGAAGAUACUGAAACUGUGGAUGGCAAGGUUGGAGUGGAACUGGAUGAAGAAUGGAAAGCUCUUGGAGGGCUAGUCAGAGCCAACUCCAUGUCGAAACUUCCGCGCCUCGCUAGGGAUGUGAGUAGAAGGCAAUCAUCUAAGCACCUAAAGGGAAGUUGAAGUUCAGAAACUCAAGGAACUGAGAAGUUAAUAAAGUGGUCAAGAUUGGACCUCAACUUGUAUAUUUAGGUGGAAAAAGAAGGGUGGAAGAUUUUAGUUUCAUAUUGGUGUUCCCUUACAAAUGAGACUGAAAAAUUUAAUGAUGAGCUUUAUAGUAUAAAAACACUCAUCUAAUUUUUUCACUCAAAUUUUAAGGAGAUUCCAAACUGCAUGUACUUAAAAAAUUGUGAUGGUUGUGCCUUCUCUAAAGACUCCCAUGGGAGGAUUUGGAUAUGGUGCAGUCACCAUUAACUAAUUAUGAUUAUGACUGUAAUCAAUAGCAACGUUUAUGUCUUAUCCGUUUUAUAGAUUGAUGAUUUACUCAGAA